AACCACGUGAUCAUUGAUAAGAGUUUUCGGGAGACUAAAUCAGUGCGGGUUUGACUGUCUGAGCUCUCUGUACACAGUGCGCGUUUCAUUUUUGCUUUACGUUCAAUUUUGUGUGCAAAUUGAAAGGGGCGUGAGAAGAUCCGGUAGUAUUGGAGGAGAAACCUAAAGAUCUGUCGCUCCUGGUCAUCUAUGGAUUACGAUGAAGAAACGAUGGUCGGCGAUGACAACCCCGGGGGUUUUCUCACGCCUGGGAAUCCCUCGGGAGAAUCGAUCAACGAGAGGAAGCCGCUGAAGUCCGACCCGUUCCCGUUCUCCCCCUCGAGAGCUUCGAUGCUGACGAACGGGCUGCCACCGUGCCUGGGGACCCGCGCGCGCCGCCAUAUCUACGCACAGUACAACUCGGUGCCCGUGACGGUAGCGGCCGGCGGUUCCAGCGGCGGCGGCGGCGGCGGCGGCGCCUCCAGCAACAGCAGCGGGGGCGGCGCAGGCAGCGCAGCGGCAACGAGAGCGGAGGGCGAUGGCGGGGCGCGGAGGGCUGGGCCGGCGGGGGCAUGCCGC